AUGGUUGAAGUUACCAUAUACUUUCAUCAUGAUGAUUGUGAAUUGUCUGUUGAUGCUGUAACUGAUAUUAUCAUGCAUGAUGGGUCAUUUCUACUUUCACCAAUUGUUAAUGAGGGCACAGACUGUAGUGAAAGUGAAGAUGACAGUAAUAAUGGAAUGGUGUUUAGUUGUUUAGAUUAUGAUAAAGAUGAAUUAGAAAAUUUUGUUACUAAAAAAAAGAGUAAUAUAACUGAUAGUUUGCAAGAUUAUAAGGAGAUUGUUAAGGGUAUGGCCUUCAAGGACAUAGCUGAAGCAAAACAGUUUCGUAAACUUUAUGCUCUAGCUAAGAAGGUAGAACUAGUUGUGGUGAAAAGUGAUAAAAAAAGAUUGAAGUAUACAUGUGCUGCUGAUGGCUGUCCAUUUUUACUUCUUAUUUCUGGGGAUUUGACCACUCCUGGAGUUAGUGUCAAAACACUUGUAAAUCAUAUAGAGUGUGGAACAACAUAUGAUAACUCUUUAGUAGAUUACUCAACAAUAGCCUUGUAUUUUAAGGACAAAUUGCAAAGUGACCCCAAAUACAAGGUCAAAGAAAUGAAGGCUGAUUUACAUAGAGUUUUUGAGCUAAAUGUAAGUGAAGCAAAGUGCAAGAGAGCCAAAACGGAGGUAUUGGAGAGUUUAGAAGGUAGCUUUGUAGACUCUUACAAUAAGUUAGAGGGUUAUGCUACUGAAUUGAGAAGUUGUAAUACAGGGUCUGACAUUGUAAUAGAUUUGUCUAAAGAGGCACUAUCUAAUGGUAAGAGAAAAUUUCUUAGGAUGUAUAUCUGCUUCAAGGCAAUGAAGUUGGGUUUUAAGUCUGGGUUAAGACCACUUAUUGGGUUAGAUGGUACAUUCCUUAAAGGGAAAACUAAGGGACUGGUAUUGUGUGCUGUUUGUCAAGACAGUAAUAACUCUUUCUACCCUCUAGCUUGGGCUGUGGUAGAUAAAGAGACUAAGAGAACUUGGACAUGGUUUAUGCAACAUUUGCAACAUUCACUUGAACUUCAAAAUGGUGAAGGACUGACAUUCAUAUCAGAUAUGCAGAAGGGGCUGCUUGAAGCAGUAAGGACAGUCUUACCUGAAGCACAUCAGAGAUAUUGUGCAAGGCAUAUUGAGGCAAAUUGGUGCAAAAGAUGGGGUAAAGGUGAGCUGAAAAAGUUGUUAUGGUGGGCUGCAUGGUCAUCAUUUACAGAGGAGUUUGAGGACCAACUUCAAGAGAUGAAGGAAGUUAAUGGAGAGGCUGGACAGGAUUAA